AUGGAUCCUCCUUUAGGUACCAUUGUCACUAUCCCUCAAGGACGUGGUGUUGUUCGUUUUAUUGGCCCGACAUCUUUCGCUAUUGGGAAAUGGGUCGGCGUAGAGUUGUACGAACCCAAUGGCAAGAACGACGGAUCCGUCAACGGAAUCCAUUACUUUACAUGCAAAAUUAACUACGGCGUAUUCAUUCGGCAGAGUCAAAUCAAAGGAGUGCCAAAGCCUCCACCUCCCACAACUCGUCCGACUGUGGGUCACCAACGGACAUCAAGCGCGUCAGGAUUACUACGGGCAAACUCUUUUCGCAGCCCGCCAUCUUCCAACCCAUCUUCCAACCCCUCUCCACGCUCUGCAAGUCCUGUUAAACCAGUAGUGGCUCCGGUACCCACAACUUUGCUGACGACACCAGCCGCGCUGGGCUCGCGACUUGCAAAGCCACCACCAGCCUCACCCACGAAACGAACACCUCCACUUUCCCUACAACCGCGCAAGUCAUUGGCAUUUCGAUCAGCAUCGCAGGAGAUUCCUAGCUCGGCGUCGCGCGAGUCUCCACCAAACAUCUUCUCACCAAAUGGCACUGCUCCCAGAACAUCAUCACCCCUCACUUUGCCACCCCGACAAGCCUCACCACCGCCACAACCGCCCUCAUCAUCUCAUCUGGGUGCGACGCCAGCAAAUGGACGGCCACCGUCUAGGGCUGCCUCACCCCUAGGAAGGCCACCUGCCGAUGAACAAGAACUUCAAGAACUACGAGCUAAAGUUCGUGUCCUCGAAGCCAAACGCACCGAUGACGCCCGACAUGUUCGCGAACUCGAGACACGGCUAUCAGAAGCCGAAUCCUUUGUCGCCCUUCGUCCCAAAUUACAGGCCAAGCUCAAUUCGCUGCAAACAGAAUUAAUAGCCACAAGGAGAGAACUCGCUGAUUCGUUGCAGCUCUCUCAACUUUCUGACACGCGGGUGGCAGACGCGCAGGAGCACUUGGAGAUGGCCAUGUUGGAUAAGGAGGUCGCAGAAGAAAGGGCUGAACUUGCAGAGGCCGAGUUAGAGGAGAUUAAGGAGAAGUUGGCAGUGUUGGAAGUUGAGAACGGGGUGCUAAAUUCGGGAGGAGGUCCUGGUCAAUCAAGCGAUGAUACUGCUAAAUCAUCAAUGGCGUAUAUCCAGCUCGAGAAACACAACGAACGUUUGAAAGAGGCCCUCAUUAAGCUUCGAGACUUGUCGCAAGAAACAGAACAGGAGCAGAGAAGGCGGAUAUCUGAGAUGGAAAAGGAUAUUGUUGGGAUUGACGAACUUCAAUCACAAUAUGAGGAAUCAUUGAUCAAACUGUCCAACGCGGAAACUCAAAUCGAAGACCUGAAACUGCAGUUAGACGAUGCUUUGGGUGCUGAAGAGAUGCUUGUCCAAUUGACGGAGCGCAACUUAAUGCUGGGCGAGAAAAUCGAAGAGAUGCGCAUCACAAUCGAAGACCUCGAGGCCCUCAAAGAGCUUAAUGAUGAGCUCGAGGAGAAUCAUAUGGAAACAGAAAAACAACUCCAUGAAGAUCUUGACCGAAGGGACUUGCAAAUCCGCGAACAUGUUCAUAAAAUAGAAACCUUGGAAGAAACUUGUCUGGACCUCGAAAACACCAUCAAUCAGUUCAGGGAACUCGUUAUGCAGCUCCAGAGUGAUCUCGAUAGCCUACGGGCCCAAACACAGUCCGCACAGUCCGAAUCAGAUAGAGCAGCCUCCCAGACAGCCGCUAUGAUGUCGCUCAACCUCAAGUUACAAUCAUCUGCUUCCAAGAACCAAGCCAGGAGUAUAGAUCUGGAACUAGCGAAGUGGGAAGCUAAAGAACACAAAGAGAUGUUGGAGAUCAUUCAGCCAUACUUGCCGCAAAUCUAUGUUGACUCCGACAAUGACGCUACGAGGUGUUACAUGUUCUUCCAACGGAUGGCAGCCAAAGUGGACUUGAUCAAUACGGUCGUUACGCAAGCUCAUGGAUUGCCCGACGCUCUCAACGGUCCUGUCUCCGAGGCACUUGUUGGCAUAUGCGAAAUGAGAGGCCGUGUCUCUGGCCUGUCAACGCUCUGCAAGCGCUUCGCAGCGAUCCUUCGUAAAUGUGAUGUCGAGACUUUCCUCAACAUCGGCCGGCUCUAUCCAGAAAUCGCCCCCCUCGAAAAGCGAAUCGAUAUGCAUAUUGAUUUGCUUCGUCGCGAUGACUUCAAGGAAGGAGAGUGUGUCAAUGACAUUGUCAAGAUUCAAGCGCAAUUUGACCAUUUGGCGGAAACGUACUUUGAUGGUUUCGAUUAUGAUUUGGCAGAACGCGAACUGGGAUACCUUAUGGCGUUGGAUCUGGACCUGGACAUGUGCUCUGCGUCUUUGCGUCUGACGAAAACGGCUGUGGAGGCUACCAUCAACGACAAAGACGUAGAAUUGGACAUGGGAGGCUAUGAUAUCGAUCUGGAACUGUUCGAGCCGUUGUUGAAACUUCUCGAACAGUGCAAGGGUGCUAAAACGCUGUCAAAGAAACUUACGAAACGGCUCGAAGACCUAAUUCAGGAUUCAACGGCAUUGAAAGCUCAUCUCAUUCCUCAGAUGAAAGCCCUGAGCGACCACGUUGCAGAUCUUGUGAACUUUGGCUUUUCGUUGGCUCAAGGCCUCAUGCCGCAUCUCGGUGACGCCCGCAGUGCAAAGUCUGCUUUCCAAUUGACGACCGUCCUUGGCAUCGUCAAGCAGACUGCGACAUCUACAGUGGCGAAAGAUAUGAAGCCAGGUGCAUCGACAUGGGAAGCUGUUGGCGGUUCUAUUACGCAUCUCACUGAGGAAGGUAGCAAGCUACUGCCACUUGUCCUGGAAAACGAGAGCGUUUUGAAGGCGCUUUCAGUUACUGGCGUGGCACCCUGGGUAACAAGGAUUGCGGAGGUCAAAGCUGCGCUGGCAGUCAACAUCGAAGCCGAACGGAAAGUAGCCUCUCUCAACGAUGAGAUGCAAGGCUUGGUGCGCACUUUGCGUGCCAAGGACCAGAACAUUCAAGAGGCUACAGUCAAAAUCGAGCUUAUGGAGAGGCGCAUGGAGACCGUCAAGAAGCAGGCAGACACCAUUGUUGACCUUGAGACGGAGAUAAACAAGGGCAAGAAACAGGAGAGAGCCUAUGAAGAAGCAAUUGAGCAGUUACAGGCGGACAUCGAUGCCAUUGAGCAGGAGAAUGCGAGGUUGAAGAGCUUGAGUGCUGGACAGGAGCGGCAGCAAGUUGGAACUCAACCUGUUGAGGCGGAAAACGUACCGAUUGAAGGCAGCCUAGAAACGUCAUACCUUUUGGACCAGAUUGAAGCCCUCCGUGGAACCGUUCGGUAUCUCAGAACAGAGAAUUCUUUCCUCAAAGGCCAAGACUUGCUCCGGGAAAUAGAGUCCCUUUCUCCGCUGCCACAACCCAUCUCAAGGAUGCCAACUCCUCCUCUCGAUCCGUCAGGGAACUCGGACACGGAUGACUCUGAUUCCGAGAUUAACGAUUCACCACCAACACUACGAAGAUUGACCACAGAAACAAAGAUGUUGUACCGUGAUGUCAUCAAAUUCUCGUCUUCCCCACGGGUUGUCGACCUUUCUGCUCUGAAUGCCAAGCGAGCAGAGGCGAAAGGAGGGAAAGUGUGGUUGCCGAAGAAGAAAAGUCCCUCACAUCAGAUUUGGGAGCGCAAGGCGGAGGGAGAACGAUUGAAUAGACGAGUUCAUGGAUUGCUGGAGAGAGCCAGCGCUAUCGGUGCACUUUAG